AUGGACCACGCAACAGGUGCCAUGGGCAGCCUUCUCCCCAAGCUCGGCGAACUCCUUAAGGAGGAGUACAAACUGCAGAGAAGCGUCAAGGAUGAUAUCAAACAUCUCGAGAGAGAGCUGGAGAGCAUGCACGCCGCCCUCAGCAAGGUCGGGGACGUGCCGUGGGACCAGCUCGACGAACAAGUCAAGCUCUGGGCCAACGAGGUAAGGGACCUUUCAUACAUAAUAGAGGAUAUCAUCGACAAGUUCCUGCUGCAUGUCGACGGCCCUGAGCCUGAAAACAAGCCACACAUGCUCAAACAACUCAUGAAGAAGAUGGGCGGCUUGUUCACCAAGUUUAUGAAACGCCAUGCCAUCGGCAACGAGAUCAAAAUUAUCAAGGUCAGUGUUCAGGAGGCGGCUGACCGGCGUGAUCGGUACAGGGUCCACGAGGUGAUUGCUAAUCCAGAUGUUGCAACCACGGCCGACCCUCGCCUGUUGGCUCUGUACAAGGACCAAAAAGAGCUCGUUGGCAUUGAUGAUUCAUUGAACGAGCUAACCAAGAUGCUGAGUGACGGGGAUGGUGAUGUGUCCAAGCAACUAAAGAUAAUCUCUAUUUUUGGAUUCGGAGGCCUUGGCAAGACAACUCUUGCCAAAGCAGUAUAUGAUAAGCUCAAAACACAGUUCGAUUGCAGUGCUUUUGUUCCGGUAGGACGCCAACCUAGCGUGAAGAAACUUCUCAACGACAUUCUCUAUGGAAUUGGCAAGAAAAUGUACCCUGGUUUGGAUGAAAGGCAACUGAUUGAUGAAAUCCGAGUAUUACUUGAGAAAAAGAGAUACUUAAUCGUCAUUGAUGACAUAUGGGAUAAAAAAACAUGGGAACUGGUCAAGACCGCUUUGGUGUGUACUAAUUGUGGAAGCAGGAUCGUCACAACUACUCGUAUACUUGAAGUUGCCGCAAGAACUGGUAAAGUAUACAGGCUACAACCACUUUCUCGUGAUUUAUCGGAGGAUUUAUUUCAUAGAAGAUUAUUUGGGGAUAAAAUAAAUCAGCCUAAUCAUCUACCGUCAGAGGUAUACAAUAAAAUUUUACAUAUAUGUGGUGGUGUACCAUUGGCUAUAAUCACAAUCGCUAGUUUGCUCGUCAGUAAACCGGUGGAGCUUUGGUCUAAGGUAUACACCUCAAUCGGUUUUGGGCAUGAAGAGAAUGAAGAUGUGGAAAACACAAGAAAAAUACUUCGAUUUAGCUAUUAUGAUCUUCCUUGUCACCUAAAGACUUGCUUAUUGUAUUUGAGCAUAUAUCCUGAAGAUCAUCUGAUUGGGAAAGAUAGUUUGAUAUGGAAAUGGGUCGCCGAAGGUUUUAUCCAUGAGGAACCAGGGUUAAGACUAUUUGAGAUUGGUGAGAGGUACUUCAACGAGUUGGUGAACAAAAGCAUGAUAAUGCCGGUAGAAAUACCUUAUCAUGGAAUCAUAACUGGUUGUCGUAUCCAUGACAUAAUGCUUGAUAUGAUAUGCCUAUUGUCAAAGGAAGAAAACUUUGUUACUUUAUUGGAUAGUGACGAGCAAUAUACAACUUCACAUUGCAACUCUCGUAGGCUAGUUGUUCAUCAUAGGGUCCGACCUCUGGCUAGCACAUCCACAUUACAAGCAAGGUCACUUAAUGCCAUGUGCAGUCUUGAGAUGUUGCCAUCACUUUCAUGCUUUGAUGUUUCGCGUGUCCUAGCUUUGGAUGGCCCCACUAAUUCGCUCUAUCCUAAUUGUCUUGAGCAUGUUGGGAAGUUAGUUCACUUGAGGCACCUCAAACUAACAAGCAUGGGUAUCCAUGAGCUCCCAAAGGAAAUAGGAUAUCUAAAGUUCUUGAUGGUAUUGGACUUGGCUGGAAAUAGCAGAAGUGAACUUCCAGAGAGUAUUCGUCUACUAAGUCAACUCAAGUGCUUGAACAUCAGCGAAACAAAGAUUGAAGUGCCAUACUGGAUCAGAGAUUUGACAUGUCUAGAAGAGCUAUGCCUAGGAAAAGUUGGUGUGCACUCAAACUUUGUGACAGAACUGGGUAAGCUGACAGAGUUGAGGAAGCUCCACAUUUCUAAAAGUGUGACUGUAGGUGGUAAUAUGGCUAUGAAUAGUUGGGCGGAGUCUGUAGCCAAACUGAGCAAGAUCCAAGUCAUAGACAUUGAUUUUUUUUCUCGGGUACAGAUUCUCCAAUCAUGA